AUGCGCCGGAAGGGCGCCGGCGGCCGGGGGGCGCGAGGGGCGGGGCGGAGCGCAGCGGGAGGGGGACCGAGGAGAGGAGGCGUGGCACAGACCGCCGCCCCAGAAGAGAUCGCGGCCAAGUGUGGGACUACCCCCCAGCACCUGCUGCCCCUGGCACUGGCUGCGCAAGGGCUCGGGGAGAAGAAAGCGUCUGUCCUCCCCGGACAGCCCUCGGAGCUUAUUUCAGUCCCAAAGAUGAAGUCCUGGGCAGGUCCUCCCACCCCAUCCCAAUUGCUGCCAACUCGGUCCGAGGUUGGUGGUACACAGACCGACCUGGAUGGGAGCAGGGCCUUUCGGAAUGGGGGGACACAGAUGCCUUCUAUUUGCAGGAGCCAUAGCGAAGAGAGUCCACGUUUGCAACUCGUUGAGCACAAGCCCAUUAAUCAAGGCUCACCGGACAUGUUUAAAGGGAAAGUGUCAGAGGAAGCAUUGAGGUACUCGGGAGAGAGGCGGAUUUCCGAAUUAGAGGGCCUGGUGUGGGCUCUAGGCAAGUCUCUUAAGUACGCCGCGCUUCAGUUUCCUCCUCAGUGUGAGGCGAAGAGGGCUUACACUGGGAUGCUGGCAGUGUUGGAGGAGAGAAGGGUGGAAGAUCUGAAAGAUGCCACAAAGGUGAAAUUGGCAGGCUUUGGCACAGAGAUCCUGGCUUUCUAUGAUUAUCAGCCACAUAACACCACCGAGAGAAAACUGGUGUAUAAAAAGAAGGAAAAAGACAAGUUCUGGUAUUCGGGAGAGCUGGCCAAUGCCAGCGUAGGUAUAGGGGCCUCCGAGAAGGGUGUGGACUGCUGUACCUUUCCCGACAUCCAGAGGGCGCUGCAUUUCCUGACUGCUGUGGUGAUCAACGCGCAGCUUCCACUCCGCCAUUCACAUAGGAGGAAGAGCCUGGAGGAGAUGGCUGCCCUGAUAGAGAGCUCUCAAGUGAAUGUGGCGGAGGCCAUAGUGGGAGUUCAGGCCACGGGGAAAGGGAAUGCAGAGGUAGUAGUGGAACCCACGGCAAAUGCCGGGAUAGGGUCAGUGGCAGCGGCAGUCACCACUUCUUUCACUGAAGCCGGGGCUAUAGCAAAAGAAGGGGAGGCUUGUGGGGCGGUUCAAACCGUUCCGAAGAUUCUUUUGGCCUGGGUGGAACCCUCAGUUCAAAAAUUGGAAAUGGAGAAACUUGAGAGGCCCAAGGCAGGCCUUUCCAUGAAGCUGGGCAGAGGCGGUGACCCACAGAUCGACAUGUCUCUGGAUGACAUCAUAAAGCUCCAACGCAGGGCACAGGCCCGUAACCAGGCCUAUUAUGAUGGAAGAAGAGACUAUGAUGGAUACAGAUACUAUUACCAAAGAGGAUUUUAUGAAGGACCCCAGCGGAUAAGGAGGUGGUCUGGACGCCAGAAUAAUUACAGAAGAACCAUUCAGAAUUUAUCCAAGCCAAGGACAUAUUCUUCAGGCAACAGGUCAUUCAGCAGAAACAAUGCAGCUUAUGAGGAGGAUGAAGAUGACGAAUCAACAACUAGGCAGUUCCAGAACCAAAAUAACCACUUUGAAAGACGUGGAAGACGACCAACACGUGGACAAGAGAGAAAUCCAUUUUCGAGUGAUGCGAGAAGGCCUUCGGAGGCCUCUGGCACAAUUGCCAGUGGUGAAACAUCACCUGAAAGAGGGAAGAGGCAGGGGCAGCAGAGGGAUGAUGAAGUGACCCAGGUAUCCCCAUCAAAAUCCCACUCAUCUGAGCGGAAAUCGACAAACAAAAGCAGCUUUCCUGGUAGGUACCAAGUCCAACUCAAACCUGGAGCCAUCCUCACAAUUUGUAUUGAAAAUUCUCAAGUGGAUCAAGAUGAUCAAUCGGACAGAAGCAGCGAUGAGGAAAUUUCAGAUGUCAAAGAAAAGCCUACCUUACCCAAGACUGAGAAAUUCGAGCCCAAAGGGAUCGCCUUGAAAUACAAUUUCCGGGCUCUCGGCAAUCAGACUAAAAUAACACUCCAUGAGAGAUUCUCCAUCCUGCAGCGGAUGAGGGGGAGCGUCACCGUUCCCAGAUCUAGGAACAGAACCGUCACCCUGCCCUAGGUGUUCACCAUCACGGCAGGACAGAGCCAGUCGUCUUUCAAUGCAUUUUUCACGACUGGUGUCUCUUCUAAUUGUUUGUUAAUAGAAAGUUUCAGUUCUCACCUAAAAUUGUUAAGCCGUAAUCUCAGUUAUUCAUUCAAAUCAGUUUUGUAGGAAGACCCAGUAUACCCAGAGGGGACAGUCCCUGUGGGCUCUACAUUCAGGCUCCUUUCCCAGAAAAGGGACCAGGUGAGGGAGAAGGGGUGGAGCGUCUGGAUGGUUUCUAGUUGUUACUUCAGCCUUAUAGCAUCAGAGGGCUCUUUCGGGCCAAGUUUACUGAGGAGCUCAGCUCCCAUUCUGCUCCAGCAUUAGUGUAGACUAGUCCCAUGGGCCUGGCCCAACCUCAGCGGGGCUUUGUAAAACAUCCGAGCAUUGGCUGGUAUGUUGUACACGCACUAAAUAAAGACUUUGAAAACAA